GAGGGUUGCUGAGGAGGAGGAGGGAAGGGUGGGGGAGGUGGUAUUGAGGCGGUGCUGAGGUACUCGACGGUGUAGGGCCUGAGGCCGCCGCCAUUCUGCCUUCCUGCCGCCAGCCUGGGGCGAGGAGAUGCAGCGAGACUACAACCCGAGCUUCGCGGGCGUCGAGGACGCGGCCGCGGUUCCGUGCAGUCGUUUCCAUGUGAAGCUGGUGGAUGAGCGGCCGGUGCCCGGCCUCCCGCAGGACGACGAGCCGCCCGAAUACGCGGCACCUUCCUUCGGGGGCGAGGAAGGGUUGAGCCGUCUCCACCCGUUCGAGUACCGGGGCCCGGGGGGCGGCUUCCCCGGCUGCGACCCUCUCCGCCCCGACACCCUCUUGCAAACGUACGACACCAUCACCAACUCCCACCUGAAGACCUUCGGGCACAACACUGUGGACAAGGUGCCCCGAAUCGACUUCUACCGCAACACCGGCAGUUUCAGUGGCGUCAAAAUCAACAGGCCGACCCUGGCCGAUCUUCAUGAAGAUCUGAAGACGGAUAUUGUAUCAGUUCCUGGUACAGUGGAAGGUAUUGCCAAUGGUGAUGGUGCAGUAAGUGAUGAAGCAGGAAGGAAGCCUUCAGAAAAUGAAUUAGUGAGGUUUGGAUGGAUCAAAGGUGUGCUGGUACGAUGUAUGUUGAAUAUAUGGGGUGUGAUGCUUUUUAUUCGACUAUCCUGGAUAGUUGGUCAGGCUGGAAUAGGUCUUGGAGUUGUUAUUAUCCUUCUGGCUACUGUAGUUACAUCAAUUACUGGGUUGUCAACUUCUGCUAUAUCAACAAAUGGAUGUGUUCGUGGAGGUGGUGCCUACUAUCUCAUUUCCAGAAGUUUGGGACCAGAAUUUGGUGGAUCUAUAGGCUUAAUCUUCUCCUUUGCUAAUGCUGUAGCUGUGGCCAUGUAUGUUGUUGGAUUUGCUGAAACUGUGGUGGAUAUUCUGAAGGAAAAUAAUGCUCUCAUGGUAGAUCCAAUCAGUGAUAUCCGAAUAGUAGGUUGCAUUACAGUAGUAAUAUUACUUGGCAUAACUGUAGCUGGCAUGGAAUGGGAGACCAAGGCUCAAGUUAUUCUUCUGAUAAUUCUUCUAAUUGGAAUUUGUAACUUCUUUAUUGGAACUGUUAUUCCAAGUAAUACUGGGAAAAAAGGCAAAGGUUUCUUUAACUACCAAGCUAACAUAUUUGCAGAGAAUUUUGGACCAUCUUUUAGGGACGGAGAAGGUUUCUUCUCUGUCUUUGCCAUAUUUUUCCCAGCUGCUACUGGUAUUCUUGCUGGUGCCAACAUCUCAGGUGAUCUAAAGGAUCCUCAAGGAGCCAUCCCUAAAGGAACAAUAUUAGCCAUCUUCAUAACUACUACAACUUAUAUUGCUGUUGCCGUCUGUAUAGGUGCCACAGUUGUGCGUGAUGCCACUGGAAGUGUGAAUGAUACCAUAAGUUCCUCCACAAACUGUAAUGGUUCAGCAGCCUGUAAACUGGGAUAUGAUUUCUCCAUUUGUAAUACACAGACAUGCAAUUUUGGUUUAAUGAAUAACUUCCAGGUAAUGAGCAUGGUGUCUGCGUUUGGACCGCUCAUCACAGCUGGAAUCUUUUCAGCUACUCUUUCUUCUGCUCUGGCCUCUUUAGUCAGUGCACCCAAGAUUUUUCAGGCUCUCUGCAAGGAUAAUAUUUAUAAGGGGCUGUAUUUCUUUGGGAAGGGAUAUGGGAAGAAUGGUGAACCAAUUAGAAGCUACAUCUUAACGUUCUUUAUUGCUGUUGCAUUCAUUCUGAUUGCUGAACUGAAUACUAUUGCACCUGUUAUCUCAAACUUUUUCUUGGCCUCAUAUGCACUUAUCAACUUUUCAUGUUUUCACGCUUCAUAUUCGAAAACUCCAGGGUGGCGUCCUGCAUUUAGAUUUUAUAACAUGUGGCUCUCGUUACUUGGAACUAUUUUGUGCUGUGCAGUCAUGUUCGUCAUCAACUGGUGGGCAGCUGUAAUCACAGUUACAAUUGUGUUAUUCCUUAAUAUUUAUGUUAUAUACAACAAACCAGAGGUGAAUUGGGGCUCUUCAAAACAAGCCAUGUCUUAUGUUACUGCAUUACAAGAUGCUCUUUCACUGACUGGGGUGAAUGAUCAUAUUAAGAAUUUCAGGCCACAGUGCAUUGUAUUGACAGGAUCACCUAUGUCCAGACCAGCUUUGUUGGAUUUAACACUUUCUUUCACAAAGAAUUUCAGUCUGUGCAUCUGUAGUCAAGUGUUUAUGGGUUCACGGAAACAAUCGGUCAGUGAAAUCAAUAUGAAUAUGGAUAAAUACCAGCAAUGGUUAACAAAGAACAAGAAAAAAGCCUUCUAUGCAGCAGUGGCUGGAGACAAUUUGCGAGAUGGAGUAAAGUGCUUAUUGCAGGCUUCUGGACUGGGUCGAAUGAAGCCAAAUACGCUCGUGAUUGGAUACAAGAGAGACUGGCAUACUAUUAAUUUUCGGGAUGUUGACAAUUACGUUGGCAUUUUGCAUGAUGCCUUUGAUUUUGAGUAUGGUUUGAUAAUUCUGAGGAUUAGCCAAGGACUUGAUAUCUCUCAUAUACUUCAGAUUCAAGAAGAAUUACAAAGAAAAGAGCAAGAAAAACUAGCAUUGGAAUCUGCCAAGAGAGAGGAACAAGAGGAUGGAAAGCGAGGAAUCCGUUCACUGAAGUUCUUGAACAAAGCUGUGAAAUAUAGUGCAAAUACUCCACUGGCAGUGAAUGCACAGAAAGGCUUUAAAAUCUCCACUGGUUAUGCUGCAAAUUUCAACCAACAACUAUUGGAAGCUAGUGCUCAAUUCCAAAAGAAUCAAGGGAAAGGCACAAUAGACGUUUGGUGGUUGUUUGAUGAUGGAGGUUUGACUAUUCUCAUUCCUUAUCUGUUAACUACACGGAAAAAAUGGUCUGGUUGCAAGUUGCGUAUCUUUAUUGGAGGGAAGUUGGACAGUAUUAAUGAAGAGAAACGGGCAAUGGCCGCACUUCUGGGAAAAUUCAGGAUUCAGUGUGCUGACAUCAAGGUUAUUGGAGACAUUAAUGUGAAGCCAAGCAAGCAGAGCUGGAAAACAUUUGAAGAAUUGAUUGAACCGUAUCAACUGCAUGAAAGCUCCAAGGAUCCUGCAACCGCUGAGAUACUGCAGAAGGAGUAUCCAUGGAAAAUUACUGAUGCUGAGCUAGAGAGAUUUAAAGAUAAGACAUACCGGCAAGUCAGACUCAAUGAACUUCUACAGGAGAACUCUCGAGCUGCCAAUAUCAUUGUUGUGAGUUUGCCAAUUGCAAGAAAAGAAGCUGUAUCAAGCUACCUGUACAUGGCUUGGUUGGAGAUUCUUUCCAGAAAUCUACCUCCUGUCAUAAUGAUCAGAGGAAAUCAAAAAAAUGUACUGACCUUUUACUCCUAACAGAAAAGUGAAUGUCAUGGCUGGAGCAAAUGCCACACUUAUCAUCUAGUAUACUUGAGAGUAGUUUAAAAGGGCAUCUCUUGAUCUAAGUAGCAAACAGGCUUAAUUCCACAUUCUAUAAUUCUUUGAUGCCUUUCACAAAUAAUGUCAAUAGUUCUUCCUCUUCUGAAAUUGUAUUUUCUUGUAUGGUCACCAUAUGUAAUUGUGAGGUUAAUAGUAUACUGCAAUUUUUAUGGUUUGUGUUUUCACUGUAAUGUCACAAAGGUGGAAUAUUACUCCAACUUGUGGAGUCAUUGUACCAAAGGGAGGUCAUCGUCAUGUAGCAAUAAUCUAGUUCCAAAACAAUUCGGCUUCUAAAAUCUUAAGGGGGGUUCCAGUCCAUUGUUACAGCCUGAUAUUCCUUCAUCUCAGUCUAAAAUAAGACUUUAUCACUCAUUUUGACAAUUAUAAUUAUGUACGGUGCAUUAUUUAACAAUAAGCUUAAACAUAAGCACGGAUUGAGAUAAGUCUUUUAAUGUUGUCUGACAAGAUCACAUUCAGGAACACAGAAUCAAAACUGAACUAAAAGGAAGAUGAGAAAAUGUCAAAUCGAAUGAGAUGGAAAUUUAAUACAAUUUAUCAUGUGGUCAGUUCUAUUUUGGAGGGAUUUCUUGCAAUAUGAUACAAACGUUGAAAUUCAGAAUGUAUUUUUCCAUGAUUUCAAUAACUAUGUAAUCUGAAAAACAUUAAUGGUAACCUUGUGUCAGAUAAUUAUUGAAAUAAAUUGCACUAGAAUUUAAUGUUA